AUCCAGUCUGUAGUGUGUCAGUGCCGUGGAGUGGAGUUGUGUGUCCGUGUGGGGCGCGCGCGUGUCUGCCAGUCGGGUCGAUACAAUUAAUCAGCUCCAAUUAGUUGCCAUUAUCAGUCGGUCAGUCCCGGUGGUUUGUGUUCAUCCUUCUGCUUCUUCCUCCUCCGACAACAACAGCCGGGAUGUGUGAGUAGCAGCCCGCCUGGCUCCUCCGCAGCCCCAGAGGUGUCUCCAACAUGGACCGGAUAGGGGUGUCCUUCCUGGACCCUCUGGACGACUACGAGCUCAUCCACCGCAUCGGGUGCGGCACCUAUGGAGAUGUGUUCAAGGCUCGUAACAUCAGGACGUCUGAGCUGGCAGCUAUCAAGAUUGUCAAGCUGGACCCAGGAGACGAUAUCACGUCCAUCCAGCAGGAGAUCACCAUGAUGAAGGAAUGCAAACACAAGAACAUCGUGGCCUAUUUCGGCAGCUACCACAGGAACACAAAGCUGUGGAUCUGCAUGGAGUACUGUGGUGGAGGGUCCCUGCAAGAUAUUUACCACGUGACGGGCCCAUUAAAGGAGAAACAGAUAGCAUUCGUGUGCAGAGAAACCCUUCAGGGUUUGUAUCACCUGCAUGAAACUGGCAAAAUGCACCGAGACAUAAAGGGAGCCAACAUCCUUUUAACCGAACGAGGAGAUGUGAAACUGGCUGAUUUUGGCGUGGCUGCAGAGAUCAGUGCAUCCGUCGCUAAAAGGAAGUCAUUCAUAGGAACUCCAUACUGGAUGGCUCCAGAGGUAGCAGCAGUGGAGAAGAAGGGCGGGUACAACCACCUGUGUGAUAUCUGGGCUGUCGGAAUCACCGCCAUCGAGUUGGCGGAGCUCCAACCACCCAUGUUUGACCUCCACCCAAUGAGAGCACUGAUGUUGAUGUCCAAGAGCAGCUUCCAGCCUCCAAGACUAAAGGAUAAAACCAAGUGGUCGACAGGUUUUCAAAGUUUUGUGAAGAUGGCACUUAUAAAAAAUCCUCGUAAAAGGCCCUCAGCUGAGACACUGCUGCAGCAUCCAUUUGUGACGCAGCUGCUGACCCGUAACCUGGUCAUUGAGCUGCUGGACAUGGCCAGUAACCCCGACCUGCACAACAGCCACUCACACAGCAUGGACGACAACGAACUGGAGGUCGGGGAAAUGGCUCCUGACAAGAUUCAGUCAGUGGGGAAACACCUGCCUGUGGAAAGGACGUUAUCUGAAGAACAAUUUGAUCAGGUGAAGUUUGGGCCUCCGUUGAGGAAAGUGACAGAGCCUUAUCCUGAUAUGCAGGGCUCGUACGAUGACGACUGGAGUCUGUCUGGGGAUGAAGACAAUUCACCGAGCCUGUUGGAAUGUGUGGAACAAGCUCUGCAGCUGAGGAGUUUAACCAUUAAGAGGGUGCCAUCUACUGACGGAGGGAGGAAGAGCGGCCUGUUCAGCCCGUCCACCGCGUCGCUGCCGGCCUUCAGCUCUUUAACGCCCAACUCCGAGGACAAAGACCUGACACUCAGACCGAGCUGCACUCUGGGCCCCGAUGCCGCUAUCGGUGCCGACUCCACGUCCACUACAGCCUUGGCCCGGUGUUCGGCCACACAGGACAUCACACAGCGCUGCAGUGACCCGUGUUUACCUCGGGGGGACGCUGUUACCACAGACAAAAGAAAACCCCCCACUGUUUCCUCCAAAAGGGAGACGCCUCUUUCACCUGAAUGGAGCACGCUGAGGAAAAAGACAGAGGACUCUAGGGCUGAUUGUCAUGGACUUCCUCCUACCCCUCAAGUCCAUAUGGGAGCCUGCUUCUCCAAAGUCUUCAAUGGUUGUCCUCUUACUAUCCACUGCGCUGUCACCUGGAUUUUCCCCAAGACCAGAGAUCAGUACCUUAUUCUUGGGGCGGAGGAGGGCAUCUACACACUUAACCUUAAUGAACUUCAUGAAGAUACACUAGAAAAACUGCUCCCUCAGCGGUGUACGUGGCUGUAUGUUAUGAACAACGUGCUCAUGUCUGUAUCAGGGAAGUCGUCACAGCUUUAUUCCCACAGUCUGACGGCCCUGUUUGAACAGAAAGGACACGAGCCUCUGCAGAAGAAGCCGAGUACUCUGUCGCUCAGCACUAACCGCUUCACCGAGAGGAUCAGCACCAGAAAGUUUGCCAUAUCUGUGAAGAUCCCUGACACUAAAGGCUGCAGGAGGUGUAGUGUAGCAAGAAACCCAUACACAGACAGUACUUUUCUGUGUGCAGCGGUUCCUUCAGGUCUGGUGUUACUGCUGUGGUAUGAACCUCUGCAGAAAUUCAUGCAUCUAAAGCACAUAGCAGUGAAGCUGCCGGACGCUCUGCCAAUAUUUGAGCUGCUGGUGUUGGUGUCAGACGAGUUUCCUCAGCUGUGUGUGGGAGUGAGACACUGUAGUAACGGGAAACCCAAGACUGAGCAACAACUCAAGUUCGAUAUUAUAGAGCUGAACGGGACGCCGGUCUCAGUACCAGACAGUGGAGGACUCAACGCGGGUCAGGUGACACAACUGGACAGAGACACAGUUCUCAUCGCAUUAGAAAAAACCGUUAAGAUUGUGAACCUGCAGGGGCGUCCGUCCAAAGAGCUGACAGCUGAGAUGUUAUUUGACUUCCCCGUCGAAACAUUAGUUUGUUUACAGGACAGCGUUCUGGCUUUCUGGAAACACGGCCUUAAAGGGAAGAGUUUUCAUUCAGACGAGGUAACACAAGAGAUCACAGACGAGAGUCGAGUAUUCAGAGUUCUGGGAACAAACAGGGACAUCAUCCUUCAAAGCACACCGACAGACGAACCGUCGGCACUGAGCAACCUUUACAUCCUGACUGGACAUGAAAGCAGCUACUGAGACGCUCUAAGAAACCAUCCUUUCUCAGACACCAGCGCCAACAAACCCCACCAACUGUCAGCUGUGAAAAACUCAAACUGUGUUUCGUCGAACCAGUGGAAUGAGACCGAGUACCAUUAAAACUGCAUGGGCUAAGACAACCAUCUAAUAAUGUUUAACGUUUUCCUAAAGCACCCAAGAUGGAAGUUUGCGUUCCUGCUGCUUAAGAUACUUUAGACGAACUCCAGAUGAGAUUUCCAACAGGUUUUAAAGGGAUGCAUUGAAACCCUCUUUGUCAGAAAGUGGAUCCAGGUCUGAUGAGGGACGAGUUCGACAGGCUGCUGGGAUUUAACAGCAUGAAUAAACCAUAUUAUCCCCAAAAACGAAAAAGGAUUGUCAUACUUACCAACAAGAAACACAAGUGAGGACACGAUAAAUGUGUUUUUUAUAUAAUUUUGGUGGAGCCUGUACCUUUUGGAGCUAGCAUCUACUUUGUUAGCUUGAUUAUUAUCUGUCACAUAUACAAAAAAAGAAACAGUUAGUCAAAUAAUUCACCUGUUUUUGCCAGUUAAACCCUUUUUUUUAUGCUCACAUUUUUAUUGAGGUUUUUCACAUUUUAACAAAGAGAUGCAUUUUCAAAUUAUGAUUUCCAUUGUAGAGUUAGAGAAAUAAAACAGAUGUGUUAAGUAAAGAAACAAGAACAAAAGAAAUAACAGUCAUAGUUACCAAUAUCUAUCAUCAAAAUAAGGUUCAUACAUUCGAGUCUAUCGAUCCUUAAGCAUCGUUCACUGUCAUACUGUGUUCAUUUCUCCCAUUUCGUCAUAAACCAGUUAAACCCUUUUAAUUUUACACAAAAUUAAAGCGCUCAUAGUUGUAGGGGUUAACCGUUAAAACUCAGAUGCAUGCAUUGCUUCAUAGGAUUCUCUUGAAUUCUGUGCAAAACGGACAGAUUUGACCACGCAGUGAAGAAAUAUUGACGUCCUAUACUUCAGAAAAGCACCAGAGGGGCAAUGUAAUAAACACUGCACUAUGAGUCAAAGUGCUACAUGAAAAAUCCAACAAAAGUAUUUCAGCCAAAGUACUGGUUUUGUUCCUGUUGGAAAUCUUUUAAGAAAUUGCAGUCGAUUUUUCAGAUAACAAAAAAAAGUACCAUUUAAGUCACAUGCAUUAUUUAGAAGUUAUAUUUUAAGUAUCUCCUGUUAAAAUUCAGACCUGUCACUCACUUCAGUGAUACGCCAGUUUCUAUUUCUAGUUUUACUUAAAUAUUGACAUUUAUGGGAAUGUUGGUCAUAUUCUGAUGAAGAGCAACACAGUAUUUAACAGGUAAAGAUUCUCAUUCGACCAUGUCAUCACCUUUAAUUAGACUGUAACUAAAAUGAGCCCUUUAUAAUUUUGACUCACAGAAACAUUGUUCUGCAGAGUCUGAGGUCCUCGACUCUGGUGAACAGGUCAAUUGAUAAGGACGAAUGAAGGAAAAUAUGCUUGGCAAGUUGACCAAAAUAUUAAGAAAGUUACUCCCUUUUGGGCUCUGUUGCACACUUUAUAAACUGUGUUGCUCUUUAUUAGGAAAUGACAUGUACUAUAAUC